GGAGCGGGCGGGCGCGGAGGCAGGAGCAGCCAUGGCACUCGUGGCCCCGGAGACUCGGAAGUUCACGCGGGCGCUGAGCAAGCCCGGCACGGCGGCCGAGCUGCGGCAGAGCGUCUCAGAGGUGGUGCGCGGCUCCGUCCUACUGGCAAAACCAAAGCUCAUAGAACCGAUAGACUAUGAAAAUGUCAUUGUUCAGAGGAAAACACAGAUUUUGAAUGAUCCUUUACGUGAGAUGCUACUGUUCCCUUAUGAUGACUUUCAGACAGCAUUAUUGCAGCGGCAGAGUCGAUACGUUCAUUCAACAGUUCCUGAAAAUGCAGAGAAGGAAGCUCAAAGCUUGUUUGUAACUGAGUGCAUCAAAACCUACAAUUCAGACUGGCACGUUGUUAACUAUAGAUAUGAAGAUUACUCAGGAGAGUUUCGACAGCUUCCAAAUAAAGGGACAAAAUCAGAGAAGCUUCCUGUUCAUUUAUAUGAAGUGGAUGAAGAAGCAGAUAAAGAUGAGGAUGCAGCAUCUCUUGGGUCUCAAAAGGGUGGAAUAACAAAACAAGGAUGGCUGCACAAAGGCAAUAUGAAUAGUGCAAUCAGUGUGACAAUGAGAUCAUUUAAAAGAAGAUUUUUCCACUUAAUCCAACUUGGUGAUGGAUCCUAUAAUCUCAAUUUCUACAAAGAUGAAAAAAUAUCAAAAGAACCAAAAGGAUCAAUAUUUCUAGAUUCAUGCAUGGGAGUAGUUCAGAAUAAUAAAGUCAGACGUUUUGCAUUUGAGCUCAAGAUGCAAGACAAGAGUAGUUAUCUUCUAGCUGCUGACAGUGAACUUGAAAUGGAAGAGUGGAUAAGCACUCUGAACAAAAUCCUUCAGCUCAACUUCGAGGCUGCAAUGCAAGAAAAAAGAAAUGGAGAGUCUCAUGAAGAUGAUGAACAAAGCAAACUGGAAAGCUCAUCAAGUAGUUUUGAUAACUACUAUCCUGAAAUUGCCAAGAGUACCAGAGAAGCAGAAAUCAAGCUGAAAAGUGAAAGCAGAGUUAAACUUUUUGCCUUGGAUCCAGAUGCACAGAAACUAGACUUUUCUAGUAUUGAACCAGAAGUGAAGCCAUUUGAAGAGAAAUUUGGAAAAAAAAUUCUUGUGAGGUGUAACGAUUUAUCUUUUAAUUUGCAAAGCUGCGUUGCAGAAAAUGAAGAGGGACCAACAACAAAUGUAGAACCUUUCUUUGUCACAUUGUCACUAUUUGAUAUUAAAAACAACAGGAAGAUUUCAGCAGAUUUCCAUGUUGAUUUGAACCACCCCUCAGUAAGGCACAUGAUAUCCAGUGUAUCUCAACAAAUGAUGAAUGGCAGUGGUGAUAGCUUACACAGAAUUCAAGACAUUCAUGAAACUGUGUUACAAUAUCCAAAGCAGGGAAUAUUCUCAGUCACAUGUCCUCAUACUGACAUUUUCCUUGUGGCUAGAAUAGAAAAGGUAUUACAAGGAAGUAUUACACAUUGUGCUGAACCAUAUAUGAAAAGUUCAGAUUCUUCAAAGGUUGCACAAAAAGUUUUGAAGAAUGCUAAGCAGGCAUGCCAGAGAUUAGGUCAAUAUAGAAUGCCUUUUGCCUGGGCAGCUAGGACGCUGUUUAAAGAUGCCUCAGGAACUCUGGACAAAAAUGCAAGAUUUUCUCCUCUCUUCAGACAAGACAGUAAUAAACUCUCAAAUGAAGACAUGCUGAAAUCGUUAGCAGAUUUCAGAAAACCUGAAAAGAUGGCCAAACUUCCUGUUAUUUUAGGAAAUCUGGAUGUUACAAUUGAUAAUGUGUCACCAGAUUUUCCAAAUUAUGUUAACUCAUCAUACAUUCCCAUGAAGCAGUUUGAAAACAGUACCAAGACACUAACAACAUUUGAAAUAGAGGAGUUUGUUCCCUGUAUACCAAAAUACACUCAACCUUUCACCAUCUACAACAAUCAUCUUUAUGUUUAUCCAAAGCACUUGAAAUAUGACAGUCAAAAGUCUUUUGCAAAGGCUAGAAAUAUUGCGGUGUGCAUUGAGUUCAAGGAUUCUGAUGAAGAGGAUUCUUUGCCUUUAAAGUGUAUCUAUGGUAGGCCUGGUGGACCAGUAUUUACUAGAAGUGCAUUUGCUGCUGUUCUGCAUCACCAUCAAAAUCCAGAGUUUUAUGAUGAGAUUAAAAUAGAAUUGCCCACUCAGUUACAUGAAAAGCACCACUUGUUGUUCACCUUCUACCAUGUCAGCUGUGAUAAUUCAAGCAAAGGGAGUACAAAGAAGAAAGAUGUUGUUGAAACACAAGUUGGGUAUUCUUGGCUUCCUCUGAUAAAAGAUGGAAGGGUGGUCACCAACGAGCAACACAUCCCAGUGUCAGCAAAUCUUCCAUCAGGCUAUCUUAGUUAUCAAGAAGUGGGUGUUGGAAAGCAUUCUGGUCCUGAAAUUAAAUGGGUAGAUGGAGGCAAACAACUGUUAAAAAUAUCCACUCAUCUGGUAUCAACUGUGUAUACACAGGACCAGCACUUGCAUAACUUUUUUCAGUACUGUCAGAAAACAGAAUCUGGAGCUCGUGCACUAGGAACUGAUCUUGUAAAGUAUCUUAAGAGCCUUCAUGCUAUGGAAGGCCAUGUGAUGAUAGCUUUCCUGCCAACUGUUCUCAACCAGUUGUUUAGAGUUCUCACUAGAGCAACUCAAGAGGAAGUGGCAGUCAAUGUGACAAGGGUUAUUAUCCAUAUUGUUGCUCAGUGUCAUGAAGAAGGCUUAGAUAGCUACCUGAGAUCUUAUGUCAAGUAUGCUUAUAAAGCUGAACCCUAUGUUGCUUCUGAAUAUAAGACAGUACAUGAAGAAUUGACAAAGUCCAUGACAACAAUUUUAAAGCCAUCUGCUGACUUUCUUACGAGCAACAAGCUACUUAAGUAUUCAUGGUUUUUCUUUGAAGUUCUGAUAAAAUCAAUGGCUCAGCAUUUGAUAGAAAACUCUAAAGUGAAGCUGUUGCGAAACCAGAGAUUUUCUGCUUCCUUUCAUCAUGCAGUUGAAACAGUUGUUAAUAUGUUAAUGCCACACAUCACUCAGAAGUACAGAGACAAUCCAGAGGCUUCAAAAAAUGCAAACCAUAGCCUUGCUGCCUUUAUAAAAAGGUGUUUCACUUUUAUGGAUAGAGGCUUUGUUUUCAAGCAAAUCAAUAACUACAUCAGCUGCUUUGCCCCAGGAGAUCCGAAGACUCUUUUUGAAUUCAAAUUUGAAUUUCUUCGUGUAGUCUGUAAUCACGAGCACUACAUACCUUUGAAUCUACCAAUGCCAUUUGGAAAAGGCAGAGUUCAAAGAUACCAAGACCUUCACCUGGAUUAUUCAUUAACUGAUGAAUUCUGUAAAAAUCACUUCUUAGUUGGACUGCUUCUAAGGGAAGUGGGCAAUGCCUUACAGGAGUUCAGAGAUGUUCGGCAGAUUGCUCUCAGUGUGCUCAAGAAUUUGAUGAUAAAACAUUCUUUUGAUGAGAGAUAUGCUUCCAGGGGUCAUCAAGCAAGAAUAGCCACUAUGUAUUUACCGCUCUUUGGACUGCUUAUAGAAAAUGUUCAGCGAAUCAAUGUUAAAGAUGUGUCUCCAUUUCCUGUUAACCCUUCCAGCAAUAGUGCCAAGGAUGAUGCACAAAUUUUGCCAACUGCAAGUCAGUUAGUAACACCACAAAAAUCAGGAAACACGUUGGAUAACAAUCUUCCUAAAGAUCUCUUUGGUGUUAUUUCUGGCAUCGCUUCCCCAUACACCACAUCUACUCCAAAUAUUAACAGUGUGAGGAACGCUGACUCAAGAGGAUCUCUUAUAAGUACAGACUCAGGAAACAGUCUCCCAGAAAGACAAAGUGACAAGAGCAAUUCUCUUGACAAGAACCAACAGAGCAGCACUUUAGGAAGUUCUGUUGUUCGAUACGACAAACUUGAUCAAGCAGAGAUCAAAAGUCUGCUCAUGUGUUUCCUUCACAUUUUGAGAAGCAUGUCAGAUGUUCUCUCUAUCAUUUUAAAGAAUCAGCUACUGACUGAUCAUGGGCAUAAUCCACUGAUGAAGAAAGUGUUCGAUGUAUACCUCUGCUUCCUUCAAAAGAAUCAGUCUGAAACAGCAUUGAAAAAUGUCUUCAUUGCUUUAAGGGCACUUAUUUAUAAGUUUCCUUCUACAUUUUAUGAAGGUAGAGCUGAUAUGUGUUCUGCACUGUGCUAUGAAAUUCUGAAGUAUUGUAAUUCCAAACUGAGUUCAAUUCGUACUGAAGCUUCACAGUUACUGUACUUUUUAAUGAGGAAUAAUUUUGACUACACAGGGAAGAAGUCUUUUGUUAGAACACAUCUGCAAGUUAUUAUUUCAGUAAGCCAGCUAAUUGCUGAUGUUGUUGGAAUUGGAGGAACUAGAUUCCAGCAGUCUCUUUCCAUCAUCAAUAAUUGUGCCAAUAACGACAGAAUUAUAAAGCACACUACAUUCCCUUCUGACGUUAAGGAUUUAACAAAACGGAUUCGUACAGUACUGAUGGCUACAGCUCAGAUGAAGGAGCAUGAGAAUGAUCCGGAAAUGCUUGUAGACCUCCAGUACAGCUUGGCAAAAUCUUAUGCUAGUACACCUGAACUAAGGAAGACGUGGUUAGACAGCAUGGCAAGGAUCCACGUUAAAAAUGGAGAUCUUUCAGAGGCAGCAAUGUGCUAUGUCCAUGUAGCAGCACUGGUUGCAGAAUAUCUCACAAGAAAAGGGAUGUUUAGGCAAGGUUGUACUGCUUUCAGAGUAAUCACACCAAAUAUAGAUGAAGAGGCUUCAAUGAUGGAGGAUGUUGGAAUGCAAGAUGUUCACUUCAAUGAAGAUGUGCUGAUGGAAUUGUUGGAGCAGUGUGCUGAUGGACUCUGGAAGGCAGAACGCUAUGAACUCAUUGCUGAUAUAUAUAAACUUAUAAUUCCCAUUUAUGAAAAACGGAGAGAUUUUGAGAGACUUGCUCAUUUAUAUGACACUCUUCAUCGAGCAUACAGUAAAGUUACAGAAGUUAUGCAUACAGGCAAGAGACUGCUGGGAACUUAUUUCAGGGUAGCAUUCUUUGGACAAGCAGCGCAAUACCAGUUUACAGACAGUGAAACAGAUGUUGAGGGUUUCUUUGAGGAUGAAGAUGGAAAGGAAUAUAUCUAUAAAGAGCCUAAACUCACACCUCUUUCAGAAAUUUCCCAAAGACUCCAAAAACUCUACUCCGACAAAUUUGGAUCUGAAAAUGUCAAAAUGAUUCAGGAUUCUGGCAAAGUAAAUCCUAAAGAUUUAGAUUCAAAAUACGCAUAUAUUCAAGUUACGCAUGUAAUUCCAUACUUUGAAGAAAAAGAGUUGCAAGAAAGAAAAACAGAUUUUGAAAGGACUCAUAACAUUCGUCGCUUUAUGUUUGAGAUGCCUUUUACUCAAGCUGGUAAAAGACAAGGAGGAGUAGAAGAACAGUGUAAGCGACGGACUAUUUUGACAGCUAUACAUUGUUUCCCAUAUGUGAAAAAGCGCAUUCCAGUAAUGUACCAGCACCAUACUGAUCUAAACCCAAUUGAAGUAGCCAUUGAUGAAAUGAGUAAAAAAGUUGUAGAACUCAGACAGCUUUGCUCUUCAGCUGAAGUAGAUAUGAUCAAAUUGCAGCUGAAGCUACAGGGAAGUGUCAGUGUUCAGGUUAAUGCUGGUCCAUUAGCAUAUGCAAGAGCUUUCUUAGAUGACACAAACACCAAAAGAUAUCCAGACAAUAAAGUAAAGCUACUAAAGGAAGUUUUUAGGCAAUUUGUUGAAGCCUGUGGCCAUGCUCUGGGUGUAAAUGAACGACUUAUAAAGGAAGACCAGUUGGAAUAUCAAGAAGAAAUGAAGGCCAACUACAGAGAAAUGGCAAAAGAGCUUUCUGAAAUAAUGCAUGAACAAAUUACUCCAGUUGAAGAAAAGGCCAGUGUCAUGCCUAACUCACUACACAUUUUCAACGCCAUAAGUGGAACUCCAACAAGCACAACAGUUCAUGGGAUGCCCAGUUCUUCUUCAGUUGCAUGAUUGUUUUGUAAAGGAAAGUAUGUUCGUUUCUUUCGAAAUUUGUGGAUUGGCUUCAUUGUGUGCAAACUCAGGAUGAUCUUGAAGCUAAAUGUUGGGCACGUGCAAGCUGCAUAAUUCAUACGAAUGUUUGAGCACACUUAGCAAAUAGCAGUUACUGGUAAUAGUCUUUUAGAAUAAGAGAGACGCACAUAUAUUUUUUAAUCUUGCUGGUAAAAUUUAAAAGUGUUCACAAUGUCAUUGCAGAAGUGCGUGUUGGAAAAUUAUAAAGUUGAAGCUAGCUUCUGUUGUUCAUUAGAAAGUAUUAUUAAAAUGAAAUGCACAUUACAAAAAAGUGUUGUGGGAUGUAAUUUUGCAGAUAUGUAACAUUCAGGUGUUCUUUUUGUGUAUGGCACGUAGAGAUUCCUAGUACAAGAACUAUUUUGGGGCUUGACAGAGACACUAGUUUUUGGGGUUUAAUGGAACUGACAAUAGUAGUUUUGUACCAUUUGGCAAAUUGUUGUGCUUUAUUUUAUACCUUGUUGCAUUUUGGAGGUAUGUGAGCUUAAACCUUACUAAACAACUAAAUACAACCAAAGGUCUGUAUUAAUGAACACUGAAUUAUACUACAGUAUCAAUAGUAGUAAAUUGUUAUGUACAUAUUGUUUGUUAAUACAGUCCAUACAGUCUGUACAUAAAUGUAUUACAUUUCUAAUCAUUUUUUUAAUAUUCAUACCAGCUCUUACCAUUCUGCUUUCAGUUUAUUUUGAAAAUAUGCUCAUUCCAAGUAUAUGCAGACUUUACAGUUCAUUUAUUCCUGUAUAUAAAUAAGUGCAAUAUAAAGAUGUAUACAGUCUUUGCUAUGUUAGGUUUAUAUGCAGUUAUUAAAAGAAAAAAAACCUUUUUGCCAAAGCAAUGGAGUAUGUAAUUGGUAAUCAUGGUUACUGUGGUAAAUGGUGGUAUUAUUUAAAGCUUUUUCCAUAUUCUUAUUCUUUUAAGACAUUAAUUUAGUAAUUUUAUAUUUGGGGGAAAUAAAGGUUUUUAAUUUUAUUUAACUGGAAGCACUGUUCUGCUGUAAUUAAACAUUCUGUAUUACAUCUAUAUUAAAAGGAAAAAGGUAGUUACUUUUC